CGGGGAACCAGUGAGAAGGGACAUGUAAGACAGACGCAGACACACAGCGGUCAGGGAAGAACCUACCCAUUGUGCACCAGCGCGCAGGACUUUCGCAUCCUUGUUACCGGGACCGCUUUAGUUUUUUCCGCAGGGGCUCGGACAGAAGGCAAGCUGUAAAUCUACACAGAAGUGUCAAUGCUGCUCUACUGAAGGAUAUUACCACUGUGCUGCAACUGGACAUCCCCGACGGUACUGCCAUUUCCUAGCAGUCCUGUGCAACCAACACCGUGUUUUUAAGAGGGCGACAUCCAGUCGGACUUAAGCGAGCGACGGGCGCAGUUAUUUUAGAGUAUUAUAUUUUCCUCUGACUUUUUGGAUGCACCGAUGAGAGAUCCAGUUUUCACAGCGAACGCUAUGGCUUAUCACCCUUUUCACGCGCACAGGCCGGCCGACUUUCCCAUGUCAGCUUUCCUUGCGGCGGCUCAGCCCUCGUUCUUCCCAGCGCUCACUUUACCGCCGGGUCUCGGUAAACCGCUGGCCGAUCACGCGCUCUCCGGCGCGGCCGAGGCUGGCUUGCACGCGGCGCUUGGACAUCACCACCAGGCGGCUCAUCUCCGCUCCUUCAAGAGCCUCGAGCCCGAGGAGGACGUCGAAGACGACCCUAAAGUUACAUUAGAAGCCAAGGACCUUUGGGAUCAGUUCCACAAAAUCGGAACCGAAAUGGUCAUAACUAAAUCAGGAAGGAGAAUGUUUCCUCCGUUUAAAGUCCGCGUCAGCGGCCUGGACAAAAAAGCAAAGUAUAUACUUUUGAUGGAUAUUGUUGCGGCAGACGACUGUCGGUACAAAUUUCACAACUCUCGAUGGAUGGUCGCGGGAAAGGCCGACCCGGAGAUGCCCAAACGAAUGUACAUUCACCCGGAUAGCCCUGCCACGGGUGAACAGUGGAUGGCGAAGCCUGUUGCUUUCCACAAACUCAAACUGACCAACAAUAUUUCGGAUAAACAUGGAUUUACCAUUCUAAAUUCGAUGCACAAAUACCAACCCAGGUUUCAUAUCGUUAGAGCCAACGAUAUUCUGAAGCUCCCUUACAGCACCUUCAGGACAUAUGUGUUUCCCGAGACCGACUUCAUAGCUGUCACUGCGUAUCAGAACGACAAGAUCACGCAGCUGAAAAUCGAUAACAACCCCUUCGCGAAAGGAUUCAGGGACACGGGGAACGGGAGGAGAGAAAAGAGGAAGCAGUUAGCCCUGCCGUCGAUGCGCCUGUAUGAUGAUCAGUGCAAGGCCGACCGGGAUGGAGGAGAUUCGGACGACUCGUCCUGCGAGCAGACCGCUGGAAGGGACUCGGUUCAUUCGCCGAUUGGACCAGCAGCGAGUCCGCUCAAAUUCAACAGAUCCAGAGACGACAAAAACUGCAAUGAAAGCGACAACGAGCUCGACCGACACGACGAUAUCAGAGUCAGUAGCCCGGACCAGAGGCCGCAAUCACCGCUCAGCCCAGACUGCGAGGACGCUAACCCAGAAAAGAAAGGGGACUACUCGGAUUCGAGGAAAGAAACCGACUCCGUCUUCAGAAUCAGAAGCUUGGAGAAGGACAGACUGGACAGCAGGAAUUCGAAAGAAUCAGAUCCCUCCAAAAAGGAUGCGGACUCUGUGGGCCUGAGCGCGGUCAAAGAUGGCUUCUCCCCUCUGAUGGUCCAAACGGAAAGCCCAUCGCAUUUUAGCGCGAGCCACUUGCAAAGUCUGGCCCUCUCUGGUUUACACAAUCAACAUUUCUUUAACCCACUGAGUACGGGACAACCACUCUUAUUUCACCCUGGGCAGUUUGCUAUGACUCCUAGUGCUUUCUCAACCAUGGGCAUGGGACACUUGUUAGCCUCAAUGUCUGGAGCAAGCGGACUAGAGAACGGCAGCCUCUCCUCUCAGAGCACCAGUUCACCCAACCCUUUCCCGUUCCACUUAUCACAGCAUAUGCUUGCAUCUCAGGGCAUCUCCAUGCCACCGUUCGGAGGACUGCUACCCUACCCGUACACGUACAUGGCGGCGGCGGCUGCGGCAGCCUCCGCUCUCCCCGCCGGCGGCGCCGCCUCCACCCUCAGCCGGAACCCGUUUCUCAGCAGCGCGCGGCCGAGGCUGCGGUUCAGCCCCUACCAGAUCCCCGUGUCCAUCCCUCAGAGCUCGGGCCUGCUCGCCACCGGCGUGCCGAGCGCUCUGAGCGCCGAGUCGGAGUCGUCGAAAUCCGGCAGCAGGGAAAGCAGCCCUAUAUCUGAGCACCACAGCCAUAAAACCGGAAGCGGCCAGAAUAAGGGAUCUCCCAAGUCGUCAGGGACGGAUUCCGUUAACGAGCUGCAGAACAUACAGAGAUUAGUCAGCGGACUGGAGAAACACAGAGACGCGUCGCCCCGCAGCGAUUCACCAAAGUGAAUCCGCGCCUCGGUGAAAAAGGGGUCACCGUUUGGUUGAAGCGACGGCUCGGGACACGGGAGCGUCCCUUAUCCUACCUGGAUUUGGGAGAGAACUGUAGCGUGCGUUACGCCCACUUUUCGGAUCUACGAGGCGUGCUGAUUUCAUUCACCCUUCAUUUGGCCAAGAAAUUAUACCAGCCUGAAAAAGAAAACAGUUUGAACCUGGCUGUCAAUGGCUAUCAUUAGGCCCACGUUUUUCAAAAAGGACUGCAAAACGCCACAGUCCCUGGGGAUGACUGCGUCUGGGACCCGUUUUUCUAAUUAUUUAUAAUAAUAAUAAAAGCAAAACGCAUAUGUAAAUAAGGUCAGUUGACUUAAGGAGGCGGAUUUUAAUUUAUUCUGAAACUGUACAUUGGUGUGUAAAUACUAUUAGGUCUCGAUUUGUUACAUUUAUAUAUAUUUUCCCAUUUACAAAUAUGAAUAUUAUCUAGCGCUUGAUAGCAGGAAACCGAAUGUGUUAUGUUUGCGACGACAUCCUGCCAGACACGUAAAGUAAAAGCCACUGUAACUCUCCGGCGAUGCAUUCGAAAGUCUUUUCACUUGUAGCUAAAUUCAACAGAAGAUGUUUAAUGAUGGUCCGUAGGCAGGGACAACUCAGGUUUCUUUCUAAUCGUGCAUUGAGAAGAUCAUUGUGUAGUGUCUCUCAUGAGAACUUGUCUAAACAUCUCGGUGCUGGAUUUUCGGGUAAUUGAGCGAUUUUGUUGCAUUCUCUCAGUUUCAAUAAAACGAAAGCGUUCAUUUA